CGGAAAAUGUUUGUGCCGGGAGGAUCGCGGCCGGGUCGACUCUGUGUCGACGGAUCCAUCUACGACGCGGUGCCGCCCGAGUGGCAGGCGGCGCGGCGACGGGCGGCGGAGCAGACCCAUCACCCGUCAGAGGAGACCCACCACCCGUCGUUGGAGGCCCACCACCCUUCGGAGCACACCCAGCACUCGUCGGUGACCGGUCGGCGACACUCGUUCCCAGGACUGAACUUCGUGCCGCUGACGACCACCGAUGCCAUGGAUGGGGACAGUAACCGCAGCUCGUCUGAUUCGGAGCGGACCAGCUCCCUGGCCCGGCCACCGCCACAGGGGGGCUGCCAGCCGCCGCAGCUGGACCGUCGCAGCUUCCCGGUACCGCAGGGGCUGAGCCGCAGCAGCCAGCCGGUCCGCCAGCAGCAAACCCCAAUGCAGCAACUGCAGAUGCGUGGCUACUCGACGCUGCAGCCUUCCUCCACCAUGUUCGACGACGACCCGGGCAUCAUGUCCGAGGCGGAGACCUCGUCGACGGGCGGAUUCCGGCGUGGAGCCAAGGUGCGCUCCUCGCUGCCCGUCGUGCGGACGCCCUCCAAAACCAUGGAGCGGCCACUAGGCGUCGUGUUCCUGCAGUACGGCAACGAGACCAAGCGGGCACUGCUGCCCAACGAGAUCACCUCGCUGUACACCGUGAAGGCGCUGUUCGUCCGCAGCUUUCCGCGCCAGCUCAACAUGGAGUACCUCGACUCACCCGCCUGCAAGAUCUACAUCCUCGACUCCAGCAGGGAUAUGUUCUACGACAUGGAGGACCUGAGGGACAUCCGCGACCGGUCAGUGCUGCGUAUCUUCGAGACGGGAGGAGGUGCGACGCACCAGCCGCCGCCGCCCGGCCACUCAAACGGCGGCAGUGCCUACGAGGACAACAGCUACUUCAGCGAGCCAGAGUUCGACGGCGACUACCAGAGCCAGCACGUGCACAAGGCAAAGGGGAAGAGUCGCGGCUACGACCUAUUGAACUCGUUUCCGCCGGGAGCGCGGCCGCCGGUGGGCACGUACCCGCCUCGGGGCACAACUGACGCCACCUCCGGCCGCCUCCAUCGUCCUGGUGCCGGCCCGCCGCCGAAGCCGCAGCGGGCGGGGUACGCGCGCGGGGCCCGCUCUGUGGGCCCCGUGCCGCGCACGCAGACCGGUGUGCCGCCGCGGGGCCCCGGCGGGCCCUCCGUCUACAUUGCCGGGGACGGCGAGUUCGGCGGCUCACCGGAGCGGGGCCGCGGCGGGCCGUACCCGGCCGGGGCCGGCUACGACGACCCGUACUACGGCCGGUUCCCGCCGGCACUCGUCGACGAGGAGGCCAGAAACGCCGGCUUCUUUGACACAUCCGCAGCACGUCGAACCGAGCCCGUCGUGCGGUUCAACGACAAGGUGCGCGUCGAGUCGAUGGAACGACAGCUGGCAAACCUGACGGGCAUGGUUCACAAGGCGCUGAACGUGCCGCCUCGCGCACAGCGCGCCCACUCGGACCUGGAGUCGGGGUACCGCAGCGACCGCGAGCUCUUGUACCCGUCGCGCAGCACCAGAGACAAGUCUGUGUCGUUUGAGAAAUCUGUCAGCUUUAGUGACGACCCGCACGGCCCCAACAAGCAGCACUCUCCGACACAUGCCGCCGACAAGGUUCCCGUGAAGCCAGCCAUCAAAUCGUCCACGCUUCCACGCAUGUCAUCACAAGAGCGCAUCAAGCCGGCGCCGCCGCCGAAACCGAUCCAGCUGGUUACUCCGGACGGAAGGCACAACAUUUACCGAGGUAACCUGCACCUCUCGCCGGAGACGUACAACCAGCUGCGGUGCCUGCAGAAGAAGGCCCGUGACCUGCGUCAGGAGAUGAGAAAACUGCGCCGGCUCUCCCAGGAACACUCGCUGGCCGUUCGGGAAAUGAUGGGAGAUACUUUUUCAAAAAUACGGGUGUACUUGCUGGCUGACAAUGACAUGAGAUUAGGAACCGUGGAUCCCGAGGUCCUCAAGAUCAGGAAAGAAGAGGAGGCCUACCGGGAAGUUAUUCAAGGCAUAGAGAAGGACCUAGGGGAGGUGGAGCACCACGUGGAGGAUCUCCGAAGCAGCGUCAUCAACCGCCAGAGAAGGGUCAACCUGAACGAUGUCGAAGGCAUGGCGCUGAUGCUCACCAAAUCCAGCAAAACGGUCACCGAGCUUCAGAGGAGGUUUCCGGAGAUGGAGCGCAGCCUGCGGACUCUGAUCAGCCUGGAGCGGGACAGAGUGCAGCGAGAGGAGAGCUUUCUUGGAGCGGAGCCCCAGAGGCUGGACAACGCACUUCAACGAAUAAAGAAACUAUCGGGAACCCUGGUGACUUUAAAACGCCUGGCAUCGGUUCAGGACCAGCGAGUUCCCGACCACGAGGAGGCCCAGACGGCGGCUGGCAAGUCGACAGACUCGACUGGUCAGCCGGCGUCCACCGCCGCCGCCGCGGGCGACCAGCCUUCCGCCGCCGCCGCGCCGCCAUCAGCCGCCGCCGGAAACCCGCUCGAUGCUCUUCUGAGUGAGCUGCAGACAUUCAGCCCCGAGCGGCGGCCCGGGGUGCGGCCGGCGCCGCUCGGCGGUCGCACCUCACCGCCGCGCGAGGAGGCGGCGCCGCGGCCCGCGCCGCCGCCACCGCCGCCGCGCACCUCCUCCAAGUCGCCACUCAUUUCGCCGAGCUCGCCGCUGAGCCCGCACUACCCGGCCGCCCAGCGCGCCAAGCUCUCACUGCCGGCGGACAACGCGGGCGGCACCGGCACCGGCACCGGCGUGCGGCACCCGGCACCGCUGGUGAGGACCAACUCCGAGCCGGGCGCCGCCGCACUCUCCUCCACGCUGGCUCUCAGCGACGAGAACCUGCGCCGCGACGUCGCCUCCUCCAACUCGUCCAGCAGCGAGAGCGUCAACUCGCAGGAGGGCCUGCAGCGGAGUACGCCAGAACGGACCGGCGUGCUGUCGCGUUGUCGCCAGGAGGCGCUCGAGCGGCGCGAGACGGAGCUGCGUCGCAAACAGCAGGCGUUGCAGCAGCAGUACGCGCGGCUACAGGCCAUGAGCUCCGCGCCCCGGGCCAACGACGUCAAGAAGACGGGCAGCGAGGGUGACCUGCCGACCAAACUGGGUGGCCUGAGUCUGGCGCCGGCCACCACUGGGGGCUCGCUGUCCGACCUGAGCACGCCGGCCGCUCAUCAGCAGAACGUCUGAGCGGAGCGGACGACCCGCGACCCGCCGCGCAGUCAGCCCGGAGGGGGUUCACGCCGAGACCACCGGUUGUCUGCUGAGCGGCAUAGCUGGACGCCAGGACGGGAGGCGUGCGUCGGGUGAGGGAUUCGGGAGGAAGAAUUGACUCAAGCUUUCAUACUCGCUUCGUGUGCGUUGGUGUUCUAGAUAUGGACGGGCGAUGGUAGAAUUAACUGUAGCUUUGACUUUAGCCACUUGUCAACCUUCCAGGUCCUUCCCCUGAAGUCUGACUCUGUGACUUUCCGGGACGACAAACUCGUAAAAGAAAUGAAUUCCUUUCGUCACAUUUGUCGACAAGAGGAACCUAGUGCAAUUUGAAGUUGACUGGUGCUACGCAGUUGAUUCGGAAGCGUUAUUGUUCGUCUGUGAAGCUGAUGACGGAGGUCCAAGCGGCAGCUGUUGGCAGCUAGUUCUCCCUCACGGGCAGUGAUUUUCUUACCGACUGAUUGGUUUAUACCCUGAUUGUUGACUGAUGUGUCCUCGCUCAACGCUCGCCUGUGCCAUAUCCGUGAGACGCGUCAUCCGUUAACUAGUAGAAGAUUGGCAGAUGGUAGAGGAAACGGCCAAUGAGUUGAUGGUUAUCGAAAGUUAGCACGUCACAGCCUGACGCAGGAGCUGGGGGUACUCAAUGCCAUAAGCAGUAGACAUAAGAAUGACUUUUCAUUGAAGCUCGACAUCGUGUUGGCUGACGGUGGCCAAUGUGCAGAGGCCGCUCCUCGCGUAGUGUUCUCUCCCCGUGUGUAGCUCGCUCGCACAAUCACCCGUGACUUCAUUUUGUGGGCGACAGAGGACUCCCAUUCCUCGAUGUGGCGUAACUAGCGCGACGAAACAUGAACUGCGACAUGGGCGUGCGCACGUGACGUUUGUAUGUCUAGACCAGCGACCAGUGCCAACAUCAGCUUCAGCCUGCUCAUACCCUAGUCUAGAGCCCUGACCUUCCCUCGGACCUGCGCGCGGCUCGCCGCGGACGGCUUGUGAUGGGCCUCUGGGAGUGAGAGGCUCAGCGGGCGGGCGCGAGACGCGUGAUGUGAUCUGUGAUGAGUGAUACUCAGUAGGUACUCAGCAGCGCGGUCCUCCGCGCCGGCCAGCGGCCUCCACCGACAAAUCAUCGCCCGACAGAUACUUCCCAGCGCGAGCGCAGUGACGACGACGACAAUACGUGGUUUCAGCCAUUGUUUGCAUGUUGUAUGGGUGAAUGUUGACAUUGGAGGCGAACAAAGUUUCUAUGAGGCGCAAUACAUUUUGGUUGGAU